ACCUUCCCCCUUGUCCUUCCUACCUUCUCCAUAUAAACAUGCACCCUUCUGCAGAUUGUUUUACUUUUUGACCUGUGAGCCACCAUGGAGUUGUCUGUUCUCUGGGGUUUGUCUGUAGCACUGCUGAUAUGUCCUCUUUAUAUGGGUGUAGGUGUUCUGUGUGAAGUCACCUGUAAUGAGGAGAGAAUGGGCAUGGAAGGAGGUAGUUACACUCUCACUAAGAAGCUUGAGUACGGCAGCAUUAUGAUAUACCACUGUCCAGAAGGGUACUAUCCACAUCCUGCUUUAACUCGCUCGUGCCUGAAAAGCGGAACUUGGAAGCCACCACCAAAAAGAAGACCUCCUCAACAGUGCAAAAUGAUCGAAUGCCCCAACCCCUUGGUUUUAGAAAGUGGUUCUGUCUUGCCUGUACAAUCGCAAUAUUUUGUCAACAAUAAGACCACGUAUGAGUGUUAUUCGGGAUACUCACUGCGCGGCUCAGCCUCCCGUGUGUGCCAAGCCAAUGGGAAGUGGAGUGGGGGCACACCCAUAUGCAGCCGUGACUCAGGAAGUGAAGAUCGCUGUGCUGACCCUGGGAUUCCAGCAGGUGCUAGGAGGUCUGGUUCCAGUUUUGGCAUUGACGACAUAUUGUCUUACCGCUGUGACGACAACUUACAUUUGUUGGGGUCAAAGACACGUGUAUGUCAAGAGAGUGGCCAAUGGACUGGGACUGAGCCUAAAUGUUACUACAAGCACACGUAUGACACUGCGCUGGAGGUCACGGAGGCCUUCGGCAGUGCUAUCAGAGAGAGCCUUCAGAUGGCAGCGCCCGUUGAUGACACCGAUCAGGAAGGAAAGAAGAUCACAAUAGAUAAAGGUGGAAAGCUUAACAUAUACAUUGCUAUGGACAUCUCUGACAGCAUUGCGGAGGAAGACUUUAACAGUGCAAGAAAUGCUGUCAAGAAACUGAUCACAAAGGUUAGCUCCUUUUCAGUCAGCCCAAAUUACGAAAUAAUUUUCUUCGCCUCUGACGUAUUAGAGGUUGUCAACAUAAUAGAUUUUUCUGGAGAUAAAAGAAAACCACUUGUGGAUGUCUUGGCUGAAUUGAACAACUUUAAAUAUGAUGCUAGAGAUAAUGUUGGGACCAAUCUCAACCUUGCAUUUAAAACCAUCCUGGAACGCAUGGCUAUCCAAAAAAAACGAAAUGAAAUGCUAUUCAUGGAGAUCCACCAUGUCCUCAUCUUCUUCACAGAUGGUGCUUACAACAUGGGGGGUAGCCCUGAAAACACAAUGGCCAAAAUUAGGGAAUCGGUGUACAUGAAUAACAAGACAAAACGGGAAAAAUAUCUUGAUGUUUAUGUUUUUGGUGUCGGAAGUGACAUUUUUGAUGAAGAUAUCAUGCCACUAGUGACAAAAAGGAACGGCGAGAGGCAUUAUUUUAAACUAAAGAAUGUUAUUGAUUUGGAAAGAACCUUUGAUGAUAUAAUUGAUGAAAGCGAGGUUGUGGGUGUUUGCGGACUCCAUAAAAACUAUGAUGACAAUACCCCAAGCACCAUACGUCAAAGAUACCCCUGGAUGGCACGGAUUGACAACACACAUGAGGAUGGAAAAGCUAGUAAAUGCAUGGGGUCUCUGGUCACUCGCCGCUUCAUCUUGACUGCUGCUCACUGCUUCAAGUUCGAUGACAUGGCAGACAAUAUCCGUAUUACAAUGGGGGAAAAUAAAGUUAUAAAGGGAGCAUCACGUAUAAUAUUACAUCCUGAUUAUAAUAUCAACGGUAAAAAGAAUGACGGGAUAAACGAGUUCUAUGAUUACGACGUAGCUCUCAUCAAACUGAAGAAUGAUGUAGAUGUCUCUAUCCACAUAAGACCAAUUUGCAUCCCUUGCACAAAGGAAACAAGUGGCGCUUUAAGACUGGUAGGAGAGGCUAUCACCUGCAAGCAACAAGGUACAGUUACAGCACACAUAGCCUAUCCACCAAGAUACAAGGUUCAUCUAGGCACUGUAUGUUGCCUUGCCUCAUAUAUUGUUAUCCUUGCAGAACAGCUAUUGUUCAAAAAUUCAGUUGAAGAAGUCAGUUUCAUUUCAUAUGAUAAAAAGGAACAAAUGGAUCAACGUAGCGAUGCCAAACUAAAGCUUCAGGAUCAGUUGAGGGACAAUUGUAUCGAAAUGGCUGUUACUGAGGUAGAAGGCAUAACACCACUUAAUCUAAAGGAUAUUGUGACUGAUAACUUCCUGUGCACGGGUGGGAAACAACCUACUAGAGAUAAUGUUGCCUGCAAAGGUGACUCCGGUGGAGCUGUGUUUAUGGACUAUGAUAAACACCGCACCAUCCAGGUUGGUGUAAUCAGCUGGGGAACCAAGGACCUGUGCCCUGGUGGUAACAGUGAUAUCAAACAGGAGUCUAGUGAAAAGUCCAGAGAUUUCCACAUCAACCUCUUUAAAGUUGUGCCGUUUCUGAAGAAGUAUUUGGGGAAUGAUACAGAAGAUUAUCAACCUCUUGAGUUUUUAGAGAAUUGAAGAGUUUCAUUCCAAAACACUCUAUUUUCAGAAAUGUUGGUUAAGUAUAUUUUCUGUUUAAAGAACUUGUACAAGAGAUUGGUGUGUUUUUUCACUCUAAAUAUGGCAUGGGGUUGUUCAAUGACAGGUAUUUGUUUCAAAUCGAUCACUUGAUGGUUUCAUUUCAGAGAAACAAAUGAUCAUGUUUUUUUGGCAAAACUUUUUUUUGUUACACAGUCAAAUGUAAACACAAGAACUGUACAAAUGAAACAUUUGUAACAUCAAUAUAAAAAUGAAAAAAAAGAUUCAAAACAGUAAUAUGAGAUCUAUAUGUAAAACAUUUACAUUUGACAUUUAGUGGAUGCUCAUAUCCAUAGUGACUCAGUCAUCUUAAGAUAGCUAGGUGAGACAACCACAUUGCAUAGUCAAAUUGAGUAAACAAACAUUCCAUUCCAACUAAACAAUGGAUAUACAAUCUAUUAAUAAAAAAUAUCUGAUAACAGUAAUAUUUUACACACACACACACACACGAAAGUACCCAUACGCAAUCAUUUCUAGUGAAAAAAACACAAAUGUGAAAAAUGUGUAUACAACGUUUAAGAAAUAGAGACCGUGAUAAAGAUGUCUUAACAAAAGUUGAUUUACAAUCAUGUAUCUACUGCACUGAACAGACAUGCCUUACAAAAAUAGGUUGUUGAAUCGAACUCUAGUUAUCAAUGAAAGUGUUCUUAACUAAUGAUAAUUAAUAAACUCAUUACCUGAAAGAA